CUGAACCCGUAUAAUGUUAACUAUAUAAUGGCCCGUUCGCAAAGAAAUACAUUCGUGUCCGAUGACCAAUCAGCUGACUAACAAACAAGAUAAUUCGUCAAAUCUCUUUCUUUUUCUUUAACUGUAUUCACACAAAUGGAAGUAAACUGAUCACCGUAAUACUUUCUUGAUUCAUAAUUCGUGCCUGCUGUGAUUUGUAAAUUUCUCAAUAGCGGUAGUGCACACUGAAACCAAAAAAGGUGAGAACAUGGCGAAACAACGUAUGAAAUGAUCAGGAUACGAUUUUAAAACAAAUAAUUACUUGAUCGGGAUGACAACUAAUGAAGAAUCCAUGAAUGACGGUCUCUUAGAGAGACUCGUCAAAAAUGAUGAAAAUAAGGUCGUAAAUUGCCGAAGUAGUGCAGAUAACAUAGAAGGGCACAAAUUACGACACGGUACGGACAGUUUCCCCAAUAUCAAUGAAAGACCGGUUGAUGAUAUUUCGAUCGAAUUUUUUUAUAAACCGCACAGCAUUACAUUGCUUCUCAUCUCAAUCGGUGCUGUAAUAUAUUCCGCAUUCACUAGGAAUACUACCAGUGUCGAGGAUAACAUUUGGGCUGGAAUACUUUGUAUUAUAUUUUUUUUUCUGAUUAUAUCAAUACUUACAUUUCCAAAUGGACCAUUUACGAGACCUCAUCCUGUCGUGUGGAGACUCGUAUUUGGCUGUAGUGUACUAUAUCUAAUGGGCCUAUUAUUUAUGCUGUUUCAAGAUUAUGAAACAGUCAGAAAAAUCUUUGUUUGGAUAGAUCCUCGCUUGGCAUCGUUUCACAUUGACAUGGACAAAGAAUACGGUGUUAAUUGUUCAGAAAUCACAGUUGAAAAGAUAUGGAAUCAUUUAGAUAUUUUUGCAGUAGCCCAUUUUUUAGGAUGGGCCUUUAAAGCAAUCCUUAUUCGUCAUCUUGGUAUUCUUUGGGCCAUUAGUGUUAUGUGGGAAGUAACAGAAAUAACAUUUGCUCAUUUACUACCAAAUUUCGUGGAAUGCUGGUGGGAUGCUUUUAUACUUGAUGUUGUUGUCUGUAAUGGUUUGGGUAUUUGGGUUGGAUUAAAAAUUUGCUCUCUAUUAGAAAUGAGAGAAUAUAAAUGGGUAAGCAUCCUUGACAUUGAGAGCACUACUGGAAAAUUGAAAAGGGCAAUGCUACAAUUUACACCUGGUAGUUGGACUGCUAUUAGAUGGUUGGAUCCAACUUGUACAUAUAUGAGAUUUGUUGCUCUAUGUCAGUUGGUAAUAUUCUGGCAGGUUUCAGAACUAAAUACAUUUUUCUUGAAACAUGUAUACGAAUUUCCGCCCUCUCAUCCAUUUGUUGUGGCAAGAUUGGUAUUAGUUGGAGUUAUAGUUGCACCUUCUGUUAGGCAAUACUACAUGUAUGUAACAGAUCCAACAUGUAGUAGGGUAGGGACUCAGUGUUGGGUCUAUGGUGCAAUUAUGGUUACAGAAGCUUUGUUAUGCAUAAGGCAUGGUGCUGCAUUAUUUGAACGUACUCAAGCACUAAACAUUCUUUUGUGGUUACUUUGCCAGUCCCUAGUCUCAGUUCUUUGUGUCUAUGGCUGUGUUCUGUGGCACCGGUACUUUGAGACAGAAAAGAAAGCUACUUCAAAACAGUGUAUCACUCAAUUAGACAACAGUCAUCUGGAUGUAACCCCUAGCAGUGGGGACAUGGUUCAUUCUACAAAAUCUAUGGGUUUGCUGGAAAAGAAGCAGUUGUAAACAAAUCCACAACAAGGAACAUUCAACUUAAGGGUGAAUUAUUUACACUGUCAAAUUUUCUAGUCGCAUUAUAAGAUCAUACAAAGCCGCAGUUUCGAAUGUAAUAGGCUGUUGAAUACCUGAGUUCGUCUGAUUUUUGCAUACUGCGCCUGUUUGCGUGUGAAUGUUAUGAAAAAUAUGUUCCUGAGAAUAAAUGAAGAGCGUCGUUACCAAUUAAUAACGCUUCCUUAUAAAAAAAUUGAUCGUCGUAUCAUUUACGAAUCGUAGUUUAUAUAAUUAUUGCGUCACGUUACGUUAUCGUAGCUUCUUCGUUACAUUGAAUAUACGGAAAUGCACUGCAUACAUAACUUGGCAUUAUCCGUGAACCUUCUGGACAGUUCCAAGUUUCACCGAGAAGCCUAUUGUUGGAUGCAGAAACAAAAAUAUGAAUUCGAUUUGGUAACUGUUCGUUCUCGUACAAUGAUAUAUACGAUGACGUAAGUGGAGUCUUUGUACAGUACAUCUAUAAAAAUCAUGAUAAAAAGGUAAUGGUAAUAGUCAUAACGAUUGUUAUUUUAUUAAAAAUGUCAAUGCCAUAAAUCUUACUAUAACAAGAGUACCUGAGCAUAGAUGAGGUAAAAUAACUUAUUGAAAUCCAGUUCAAGCCAUGGAAGAUAAAGCCACGAUUCUUUAGACAUCAAUUGAGUCAAAGUAUCGUAGGCUAAUCUGAGUCCCAUCGCCUCGGACAGACGUUCAUUUAGAGUCAAUUGGGAAAUCUAAAACGUGUUUAAACAAAAAGAGAGUCAUUGCGUUUAAAAAGACGUAAUACUAAUUAGACGUAUUACUUUAAAAUAAUAUUUUUGCAUCGUAACGAUUUUAUAGAAAGAAAACAAAUAUAUGAAUUCACCUUAUAAAGUACGUUCUGUCCUGUAAAUGGUAAUGUCAUAGCCAUAGAAUUUUUAUAGAGAACAUUUCGCUGAUAGUCAAUGUAAUCUUUGAAAUUCAUGUUUGUAGAAUCACCAUCGUUUAAUAGAGAACUGGCAUUGCGAUUUCCAUUCCAAUAAUAGAUACCUAGUGAUAUAUAUUAAAAAAGUAUAUGUAGACGAUAAGAUUUUUCCGAAUUUUCUCGAAAGUAUACUAAUAAGUUACAGAUCUAUAACGUUCAGAUAACGUUCAGAUUCUAUAACGAUAACAGAUCACUAGUAUAUUAUAAAAUUGUAUAUUGCUAAUAUACCAUUUGCAUCAAAAUGAUGAGCAAUUUGGUGUGCUAUUAUGUUACCAAGUGUCGCCAGUUUUAUGUAAUUAAAUGAAGAUUCAUUGUAUUUCAUGGACCAAUCAAUUACACCAUAAGGUAUUACAACGAGGUUUAAUCCGUAAAUCGCGAGCCCUUUAGAUUGGUACGGUGUUGCGUAAUGUGUCCAUCUAUAUAUAUAUUAUUGUAUAUAGUUCAACAACUUUAAACUAUUUUAUAUAUAUAAUUUCAAUUAUAAACUUACAUUUGUGCAGAAUGCCCCGGGUUUGUAAAUAGUUCUGCAUAUAUUAAUUUUCGGUACCUUUGCAUCAAAAUCACUGAAUUUUCGAAAUAGUUAUUUGUCAGAUUUAUCUAAAAUUAGACUGUCGUUAACAUGUCAUUCAAUAACUUUUAGUUAUUAUAGUAUUCUUCAAUCAACAAUUAUGCACAUGUGCUUAUUAUCUCAUUAGAAACCGAAAUAGUUUUUCGCACCUGGUUUGCUAGAAUUUUUCUAUAAGUUGAUUUGCUAUCGGUAUAGUAUGAAAUAUCAGGUACGACAACAUUAAGAUUAUUUAUUUUUGCAAUCGAUGCGUUACGUUCCGCUUCUGUAAUCCAUGUUACAUCCGUGAGUUUUAAUUUUAGGGUCUCCUUAAGUGUCUCAAAUAAACUAUGUAUCUAUUAAGUUAUAUGAUACUGAUUAGUCACCUAGUAAACAAUUUUUUCGAAUAAUCAGAGUAUAUGAACUUACAGUUUCAUUCAUAUACGUAAGUUGAUCAUUUGUGAACGAAGAGAUGUAUAAAUUCGAAGCUUCCGGGAUUAAAACGUUGGUAGCAACGCGAAGGCAGUGUUUUUCAACAUCUGGAUGUUUUGAUAUAAUUAACUAGAAACAAACAAAGACAAAGAAGAAAUAAAGGAAGAAAAAUACAAUAAAAAAAAGAGACAUAAAAGGGGACAUUAAUCAGGGAAUAUAACUAUACCUUGUGAUACAGAUUGCGUACAUAUAAUCCUAAUAAUGCAUUAUGCAAUGUCAUCGGGUCUUCUUCUUCCAACCUUUCCAGAUUUUUCAAUCCUUUAGAUAGGGCAUCGUAAAAAUAAACCUGCACUUUUACUUCCGGUUUAACCUUUUCGUUCGUUAAUAAGUAAAUUAGAUGCGACCAAUUUAUCUACAAGUAUGUUACAUAAUAUAUCCAUUAAAUCGAACGAAUCAGUUUAACUUAAACGGGUAUAAACUCUUUCCCUUACGAUUUUAAACUCGCUAUCCAAUUGUUUGACAGUGACAAGAGUGUAAUUUUUCAUAAGUACCGCCUCGCGGAUCUUGUUCUUAGACGGAAAAUUCUAAAACAUAAGAAACAAUCGAGGGAACACGUUCGAUCGUGAAAAGAACUCGAUAAACUUACUGCGAAAAAUUGUUGCAAUAUAUACAGAUCGAUGUUAAUGAUUGUGAAAUUCAUGUAUUGAGAAAUA